AUGGCAUAUUGGUCACCUUUAAUCACAAUAUUCUUUCAUUUUUUUUCAAUUAAAUGCAGUUCACUUUCAAAUAGUUGUUAUACACGUAAAAACGCUUACAGAAGUCUGUUCAUACGUGAUUCCAGAGUAGGUAAUGGGAAUGUAAGUCACUUGGGAAGGAUAAAUGGUGUAAACUCCUCUGAGAGGUCAGAGGAUUCUGGCUCGGAGGUUACGGAUAUGGCGAAGAAGAUUAAGUUGCUGCGGUCGAACACUGGGAGAGGCGCCCAGGACUGUUUUAAGGCGAUAAACGAGGCGAAAGGAGACGUGAGACUGGCAUCACAGAUACUCAUGAAUUCACUCGACGAUAAUAAGGCCAGUAACGAAGGCUCGGAGUCAGAACUGGUGUUGAUGCUUCAGGGGACGAUUGCAGUGUCGUGUUCGCCGAAGCUCUGUUCAAUAGUGGAUGUGAGGUGCGAUUCAGACUUUGUAGCAAAUAAUAAGCUGUUCACAAAUCUGGCUAAGUCGUUCGCAAACGCAGCAAUGGAAUGGAAGCAGGAGUCUCAAGGCGCUGAGAAAACGCUGGAACAGCUUAAGAGUGAGGUACUGAGUAAAAAAUGCCUGCGAUGCGAUAAAAAGCUGGCUGAAACAGGAGCAAUGGUCAGGUCAUCGCUAAGGGAGCCAAUAUCGGUAGCAAGAAUAGGCUUUAUAGAGUCAGAACCGGACGCGUUCUUUGCGUUCUACGUGCACUCAUCCCUGGAUCCAAAGAACUCUAGAACGUACUCAGGGUCGGCAGCCUCGAUACUGUCGAUAGGACUUGAUGAGUCGAACGUGGAUUCAUUUUACAGCUACUUUGAGGAAAAAAUAGAACCAUCGGAAGAUAACUGCUGUAUGACAGCAUCAGGGUGCGUGUACUCAGGCCUGAGGAACAUAGUCAAUUUGAACAGUGAAUCUGAGCUCGACGGUGUAAAAAGGUUUCUAAGGGACUUGGCAAUUCACGUGGUAGCAGAGAAGCCUAAAGACAUAGACGUCGAGAGGUAUGACAAAGAGGGCUUAGAGGAGUCCAAGAAGGAGCUGGAAGCGCUUCUGCGCAGCGGCAAGCCCAAGGAGAUAGCAGAAAAGAUAGUAAAGGGUAAGUUGAAAAAGAAGUACGGGGAGAGCGUGCUAAUGGACCAGGCUUGGACGUUCGGUGACAGUAAAACAGUGUCCCAGGUCAUAGAGGAAACUUCCAGGAAACUUGGAAAAAAUAUAAAACUUAAAAAGUUUAUAACAUACUCAAUCACAGACGACCUGAUCAGCUACAAGCAUCCGAAAGAUUGUUCAUUCUACAACACAAACAUAAAAUUUUAA